AUGGCCAGCUUCACCAGGUCCUUCAAGCCGCCAUCGACCCUCCUCUCGCCCCGUCGACGACCAGGAAUGCCCGCCCGCACAUUGUCCAACUCGUCCGACCUGUCCUUGACCCCGAGUGCGGGCGUCGCCCAUCAGACGGACUACUUUGUCGACCACCCAGUAUCAUCGGCGCCCAGUUCGCCUUUCCUAUCUCCUGCUGUUGGAGCCGUGACAGCAGACCGAGUACAAUCUACCAAAGGCAGCCCUGACAUUUCUUCUGGCUCCUCGCGAUCAACCAGCCAUCCCAUCGCAAUUGAACUUCCGAAGCUGAGAAAAUUCAAUCCUUCCGGCUCUACCGGCACGCCCCCAGAACCUCUUUCUGCUCGUGGUGAUCUUCCGGGGGGAUAUUUUCCCAUGCACGAGGACCCCAAAAGUAGAGUACAUCGUCCACAUCCAUUUUUCCAUGAUCCUUCACUUUCUCGGCAUCAGCGAACCUCGGACUCAAUCACUAUGCAAGCCGAAAGAGCCAGAAAUUCUCACGCAUCCACGUCCCCACCCAUGGACAACACAAGCGCACCGCUAUCAUCUUAUAUUGCUCCAGGCUUCCAUGACGCUCCUUUACCAGUGGGUAAAUACUACCCGUCAAACUAUGAGCAACAACAUCCUCAUCUCCAUUCAGAUGGCCUGCAACCUGCACCUUUUACCGAUGUGACCUCGUCGUCAAAGCCAGAUUCUAAUUUGUUGCAACCGAGGCUCGACCCAUCUCGAGGCGACAACCCUCAGCUGGAAAUGCGUCGAAAGAUGCAACAGUACCAACGAGACGUGAUUGCACAGGCCACCAUGGUACUGGGCGAGUCCGACAAGACCGGGAAGAGCAUAUCUCUCAAUGGGCUGUCUGCUAAGGAUAUUUGGCGGUCAGGAUCAGCCUCGCAGAAACCGCUUUCACCAAGACUUCAUCCUCUGGGUAGUCCUGGACCUGUCACACCCAUGGAACUUGAGUCAAGUGGCAGCGGCUAUGUCGACAGAGGAGUCAAAUCACACUCGUCGCUGUCGAAUGACAGCCUCGCCGCACCUGGUGCAAGGCACACAGAAAACUUGUCUUGA